AUGGCCCCCACAAAGAUGCCCCUUCGUGCGGACGAAGAGAUGGGCAAGAAGGACGACGAUCACCGUCCCCCAGGCGAAGCGCGCUUUCUGCCUCUACGACAUCGAAACAUUACCAGACCUCGUCGCAUCCUAUUUGCCUUACUUGGCAUAUUCCUGUUCUAUGAGUUCUUCAAGCACAUGCCAACGGAUCUGGCACCAGCUGUUGAUCGAUACAACCCCUCGAUUGCCAAGUUGCGACAGGAGACACUUGCGCAGUUGUCUGCCUCAGAGCACCAACGCCCCGCCCCCAAGACGGAACCUGAGUCAAAAGAGAAAGUACUGGACCCCGAGGGUAAGUGUGUAUUUUAUGAGGGGGAUGUCAAGUUCUACGAGCUGGCACAAUCCCUCCCGCGUACGAAGUACCCGAAAGAUACAGCCAGCAGAGUAGUCAUAUUUGCCGCAUCCAGUCUACGCAGCGUGUCUGAUAUGUUACCUCUUGCGUGUAAAAUGGCAGCUCAGCGACUGAACUACGUCCAUUUUGUUCUAAUGGGCAAGGAAGAUGUCUCAAUACGAGGAAUCAAACAGGUUAAUGGGAUCAGCGAUAGCGAAUGCCCAAUUGUAUGGCAUGAUGGGCGGCCAGACCACGCGCUUCAGUCUAGCGGAAUUCGAAUGGAACAAUCCGUUAUGGGGGGCUUACAACUUCUCCAGGCGUACAUCCGUCCGGAAGUGAUAAUUACACAAGGCAAGAGCUUGGAAGAUGACUUCUUCUUGAACGGCGUGGAGGCCCAUUCUCGUGGUAGUGGCAUUCCACAUGUCGGUCUAACGUCCGCAGCAAAGGAUCUUCUGUGGAUAGCUUUCCUGGAUUCCACAGCUCUUCGAUCAUGGAAUGAUCUACAGAUUGAAAUGGUUGUUCAUGCACCCUCUCAGUCAUCGGGGUCUGUGAUCAGACUUCUGCAGUCAUUGGAUGCAGCCGACUAUCUCGGAGCAGCGCCCAGACUGACAGUUGAGCUUCCUUCGCUGGUGGACCCGCCGUUGCUCCAGUUCCUCCAGAAUCUGGACGGGCUGACCCAGCUUGCAGAUCAUAUCAGUCUGCGGCGACGCAUUCAGCCGCAUUCUAUGGACCCUGUAGAGUCUUCUCUGCGCACAGUGGAAUCUUUCUACCCACGAGAUCCAAAUGUCACCCAUUUGCUCAUGCUAUCACCGCAGACAGAGCUAGCACCGUCAUUUUACCACUACCUAAAGUACGCUGCGUUGAACUACAAACAGUCUGCCCAUGCCAAGCGCGUCUUUUCUAAGAUGAUUGGAAUCUCACUGGAGUUGCCGUCUUCCAAACCCACUACUGGCAGGGCGUCAUUCGCUCCCCCAGUCAUGAGCGGUAUAAACCAAGAUCAGCUCCUCCCGUCUUUUCUCUGGCAAGCCCCAAACAGCAACGCGGCUCUGUACUUUGGCGAUGCAUGGGCCGAGUUCCACACAUUCUUGUCUAACCGUCUUUCUACGCCGCAAUCUGCAAAGGCCUCUCAUAAAAAGUUGAUAUCGGACAAAUACCCCGCCUUCAUGGAACAUCUCCUUGAAAUGAUUCGUGCAAAGGGGUAUUAUCUUCUCUAUCCCUCGUUCCCGGGAACCAAGACAGCUGCGAUUGCAACAGUGCACAAUGAGCUAUACCAGCCACCAGAAGAAUUUGCUCAUACUGCAGGUCUCUCCAACUCCGAUGACGAGAAUAUUCAGGAUAUCAAUGAUCCAACACAACCGCUUUCAGGUGGAUUUGUCGCUGGUUUGCGGUCUGUUGAGAAGCCCUUGAACCAUGCGUCGACCAUCAUGCCUCUUCUUGACCUGUUUUCCUCCGGUCUUCCAGAUCUUGAUGUCCUGCCUCUGCUUGCAUAUGAUGGAGAACAGAUAACGACUGCUACGUACAACAAGCAGACAGAAGAAUACGCGCAGCAGUUCCGGAUUCACUACGGUGGAUGUACCGAGAACACUGAUUCUUCAGUGGAGUUGUUUUGCGUUGGAGAUUGA